ACUCGUGAAUUCAUGAAACUUUAGAUAAUAAGUACUUGAUUAACAUACAAUUAAGUAUAGAAAACAAUAGCUGGGAAAUGUUAAAAAAUUGAUAUCACAGUGCUUUUCAAAAGACGCAUUCAGGUACUAAGGCAUAGAAAGUAAAGCACUUGGUCCGCUUGUAUUUUACUACUUUAUAUUCAUAAUAUGAUGUCAAUUGAUCCGAUCAUGCUCUGAUGGGGGGUUAACUUUGAUUUGCGUCUCUUGUGUGCACAAUGACUGAGCCAAUGAAGACAUAUACCAAGAUAAAUGAUAUUCAGGACCGAUGGAUUGAACGUUUUUUAUAAUCUACUCCCAAAGUGAUCUUUCAAGCGCAGUUUGGCCUUGAUAAUACAGGACGAUGAAUCUCCAACCAUUCCUGUGGAGAGUGAAGUCCUUGCUCUCCACGCAAGCCCGUAUACUGUACAGAUGUCAUUCGACCCAACAAGAGAAAUUGGCCGAGAAGAGGUACACGGAUACCGUACUGUUGCCAAAGACCAACUUUCCAGCCAAGAUCACCGGCAAGAAGAGGGUCGAGAUGGACAUGUAUUUGCAAGAUAAGUGUGGCUUUGCUGAAUUGUACAAUUGGCAAAGGGCCAAUCUCGAGGGUCCUGAUUUUGUGCUUCACGACGGUCCACCUUACGCCAACGGAGAUCCUCACAUGGGCCACACAAUCAACAAGAUAUUGAAAGAUAUAACAAUCAGAAGUAAAGUCGUCAAAGGCCAGAGGGUGCAUUAUGUUCCUGGUUGGGACUGUCACGGUUUACCCAUUGAACUCAAGGCUUUGAGCAGUGCUAAGAAACGAGUUGCUGAUCUGACACCCAUUCAAGUUAGGACGCAAGCCCGAAAAUUUGCGGAAGAGGCAUUUGCCAAGCAGAAAAAGGUCUUUGCAUCCUGGGGCAUCAUGGCCGACUGGAAGGACAGCAGUUGUUACUUUACAAACACCACGUCGUACAUAAAAAAUCAACUCCAACAGUUUUAUAGUUUGUACGAAAAGAAGUUGGUGUUCAGGGACUUCAAGCCUGUCUAUUGGUCACCUUCAUCAAAAACUGCUCUGGCCGAAGCUGAACUGGAAUAUAAAGAUCAUCAAAGUCAGUGUGCCACCGUCCGACUGCGCUUGGUCGAGUUACCACCGAGAUUAGCGGCCUUUGAGGGCAGACCUGUUUAUGCUCUCACGUGGACGACAACACCGUGGACCUUAAUUGCUAAUCAGGCAUUGGCUUACUCUCCGGAGGCCAAUUACUGCUUGGUAGAGCACAGCGAAGGGAAUCUGUACAUAUUGGCGGAACAGUUGCUUCAAAGCAACAUUGAGAAAAUCGGACAGCUCAACGUCCUUACUACUUUCACUGGAAAAGACCUGGUUGGAUCCAAGUACGCUCACCCCAUAACAGGUGUUGUUUUACCAUUUCUGGCUGGCAGUCACGUAAAUACCUCCCAAGGCACAGGCUUAGUCCAUACUGCUCCUGCCCAUGGCAAGGAAGAUUUUCUAGUCGCCUUGGAAAACAAAAUAUCUAUUAUAUCUUUGGUAAACGAAGAAGGUAAAUACACGGCGGAAGCAGGCGCCGAAUUCGAAGGCUUGAAAGUCUUGGAGGAAGGUACGCCAGCAGUUCUGGCUCGGAUCGACCAAAACAUUGUUCAUGUUGAAAAGUUGACGCACAGUUAUCCAUACGAUUGGAGGACAAUGAAGCCCGUGAUCGUGCGCGCAAGUCACCAAUGGUUCAUCAACACCGAUUCUAUCAAAGAUCAGGCCGUCGAAAGCUUGAAGGAUGUAAAUAUAUUCCCGGAAACAAAGAGAACAGCGUGGAGUAAUGCCUUGUUGACUCAAUUGAAGCAAAGACCGUACUGGUGCAUUUCUCGUCAAAGAGCCUGGGGCACGCCGAUACCAGUAUUAUAUUACAAAGAUACGGGCGAAGUUUUCAUAACUCGCGAGUGGGUAGACAAGUUGUGCCAGUUGAUCGACAAACAUGGGGAUGAUUGUUGGUGGGAAUUGCCUGUGGAGAAACUUCUCGGUCGAAAGUUGCGGGCAGCGUACAGUGUGACUGGUGCCGAAUUGGAAAAGGGAAAGGAUAUCUUGGACAUAUGGUUCGACAGUGGUAUUUCGUGGUCGUAUGUCUUGCCAGAUAAGAAAGCCAACCUCUACAUGGAAGGAAUGGACCAGUUCUCAGGAUGGUUCCAGUCGUCCCUGCUUACUUCUGUAGCUUUACAGGGCUGUGCACCUUACAAAGAUUUGUUUGUACAUGGAUUUGCUGUGGACGAAAACAACAAUAAAAUGUCGAAAUCAAUUGGAAACGUUGUUAAUCCAGAUGACAUUACCAAGGGAGGAAAAAACUUGAACAAAAAUCCAGUACAUGGAGUUGAUGUUCUGAGGUGGUGGGUGGCUAGCCACGGAACUCAGCACACCCUAGUCCCAGUGAAAAAAACAUUGCUGGAGGGAAGCGUAGAAUCAGUUAACAAAUUUCGUAAUGUAUUCAAGUUUCUCUUGGGAACUCUAAAUAAUUACGACGACAACAGAAAAAUAACAGUUGAACCUCAAUACAAAUACUUGGAUAAGUACAUGCUUCAUCAACUUUAUCAUUAUCACAAUCAAAUCCAGGAGUUGUAUGAGAAGUAUCAGUACCAUAACGUUAGCAAGUUGUUUUUGAAUUUCAUGACAAACGAUGUAUCGGCCAUCUACUGCCAUUUGAUUAAGGAUCGGAUUUAUUGUGAAAAAGUUGACUCUCCCUUCAGAUUGGGAUCAUUGGACGUCGUUGGCGAAAUUUUGGCUAUUACUGUCAGAUCCGUAGCACCGAUUCUACCUCACCUGGCUGAAGAAGUAUGGCUCCAUCAUCCGGAAAAUCUUGCAUCAGUCCCACUAUUUCACACGAAGCAUAGGUCAUUAGACAGUUGGGAUCAGCCAGAGGUUAAGACGAUCGUUGAGAAAGCGAUGGACGUCAAGAGCGAAAUAAACAAACUAACGGCAAAAAAUACGUGGCUGUCGAAAGCUACAGUGAGAGCAAACUCGGGAGAUUUUGAACUUUUAUCUGUUCUUCAAAAGAGCGGUAUAUCUUCAACAUCUGAAAUUUGUGACAUAUGUCAAGUGUCCUCUGUUACCCUUAUAAAAGACGACAGGUGUGAGAACUUGAGUGUGUCCUUGGAAAACGUAGACCAGGAGCUGUGCAAAAGAUGUCGACGACACGUAGAACCUGGGCCUUCGGAAAUUUGCGAUCGUUGCACGGAAGUUUUAAAUGCAACGUAACAAUCGACAGCUCAGUGUACAGUGUCAUGUAAAAUAAAUGUUUCUCAAUCUGUGUUACUUAAGUUGUUUUCGAAAAGAUUUUUUGAAAUGCUCUUAUUGUCAUCAUGUAUUCCUCGAGUUAAUAUGAUUCGCAUUUAUCGAUUAAAUGCUUCGCAAAACAAUACAAGCAUAAUAUACUUUGAUCGUUUUAUCUUAAUACGUUGAA